AUGCACAGAGUGCGGGUGGUACUGGGCCAUCUCCCGGGGGCUCCCAGGUCGGUGCGGGCUGAGCUCACCUCCGCCGCCGGCGGGGAGCCCUCCCAGGACAUCGUCAUCGUACAUGGCAGGAGGACUCCCAUCUGUAAAGCCAAGAGAGGCGGCUUCAAGGAUACAACACCAGAUGAACUCCUGACUAGUGUUAUGACUGCAGUUUUGAAGGACGUCAACCUAAAGCCUGAGUUAGUUGGAGACAUUUGUGUUGGAAAUGUACUGCAGCCUGGUGGAGGACCUGUGGUUGCUAGAAUUGCCCAGUUUUUUAGUGGAAUCCCAGAGACUGUCCCUGUAUCUUGUGUGAACCGACAGUGUUCCUCCGGCCUUCAGGCCAUCAUCAACAUAGCAGGUGGCAUAAAAAAACGGUUCCUAUGACAUUGGACUGGCAUGUGGGGUGGAGUCUAUGAGCCUCCGGAGCGUUGGAAAUAUUGGAGAUGUCAGUUCUCGUAUUGCGGAUGAUGCCAAAGCUAGGGACUGUCUCAUCCCUAUGGGGGUUACCUCAGAGAAUGUGGCUGAACAGUUUGGGGUCAGCAGACAGAAACAAGAUAUGUUUUCCCUGACUUCUCAACAAAAAGCUGCAGCUGCACAAAGAGCAGGCCGCUUCAAGGCUGAAAUAGUUCCUGUAACCACCACAGUCACUGAUGAUCAAGGCAAUACAAAGACCAUCACAGUAAGUGAAGAUGAUGGCAUCCGGCCCAGCACCACCCUGGAGGGGCUGGCAAAACUCAAACCAGCCUUUAAAGAAGAUGGAAGCACUACUGCUGGCAAUGCCAGUCAAGUUAGCGAUGGAGCUGCAGCAGUUUUGCUAGCUAAACGAUCAACAGCCAUGCAUCUGGGUCUUCCUAUCAUGGGAGUGCUAAAGUCCUUUGCUGUAGUGGGGGUCCCUCCUGAUAUUAUGGGGAUAGGACCAGCCUAUGCUAUACCUGUGGCUUUAGAGAAAGCAGGUCUGACAAUUCAUGAUAUUGAUGUGUAUGAAAUUAAUGAAGCAUUUGCCAGUCAGGCGGUAUACUGUGUGGAGAAACUGGGCAUUCCCUUGGAGAAAGUUAACCCCAAUGGAGGAGCCAUAGCCCUUGGGCAUCCUCUGGGCUGCACUGGAGCUCGACAGACAGUCACUUUACUGAAUGAGCUCAAGAGAAGGGGGAAAAGAAGCCUGGGUGUUGUGUCAAUGUGCAUUGGUACUGGAAUGGGAGCAGCUGCUGUGUUUGAAUAUCCUGGAAUUUAG